AGGAGAAGAAGAAGACAAAAAAGAAGAGGAAGAAGAAUCCAAAGUGCAACGCCCUCGGCAAUCCAGCUGGGGGCGCCAGUUCUAUGACUGUGCUUUUCCAAAGCCAAUAAAGCAGAGAAGAAGAAGAAACGGGAGCGGCUGUUCUGAAAGGAAUGACCUCUAUUUGCAGACGUGCUCAUUGUGUCCACUUUCCUACUGAGUUUAUUGGGUUAUUUCCACAAACGCAAGAACCGUCAUCAAGGGAACUACGUCGUCACAAUGUUGAAAUUAGGAGAGAUUAAACGUGAGGAUAUGGUGUCUGCAAGCUGCAGUACCUCUGCUACUCUCCACUCUAACACAUCUCAUAGGUCAACACAGAAAAAUACAGGACGAGAGGAAUCUGACAAAUGCUCCGAUUGUGGGAAGCAUGAAAUCCAAGGACACCAACAACUUCACACAGGAACAAAACCAUAUCACUGCUCAGAGUGUGGGAAGAGGUUUACUAGACAGAGUAAUCUCCAAACACACCAGCGCAUUCACACAGGAGAGAAACCGUAUCAGUGCUUAGACUGUGGAAAAAGUUUCAAUCAACACAAUUCUCUCCAACAACACCAGCGCAUUCACACUGGGGAAAAACCAUAUCGCUGUUCAGAGUGUGGGAAGAGUUUUAAUCAAUUGGGUAAUCUCCAGAUACACCAGCGCAUCCAUACAGGAGAGAAACCGUAUCAGUGCUCCGAGUGUGGGAAGAGUUUUACUGUACAGAGUUCUCUCCAAAGACACCAGCGCAUUCACACAGGAGAGAAACCGUAUUACUGUUCAGAGUGUGGACAGAGUUUUAGAGAGAGUGGUACCCUCAAAGCACACCAGCGCAUUCACACAGGAGAAAAACCAUAUGACUGCUUAGACUGUGGGAAGAGUUUUACUAGACAGAGUGAUCUCCAGGUACACCAGCGCAUUCACACAGGAGAAAAACCCUAUUACUGCUCAGACUGUGGAAAGAGCUUUAGAGAGAGUGGUGCCCUCAAAACUCACCAGCGCAUUCAUACUGGAGAAAAACCAUAUCACUGCUCAGAGUGCGGACAGAGGUUUGCUAUACAGAAUCAUCUCCAAAUUCACCAGCGCGUCCAUACAGGAGAAAAACCAUAUCACUGCUCAGACUGUGGGAAGAGUUUUGCUGUACAGAGUAACCUCCAACGACACCAGCGCAUUCACACAGGAGAAAAACCCUAUCACUGCUCAGAGUGUGGGAAGAGUUUUAGAGAAAGUGGUACUCUCAAAACACACCAGCGCAUUCACACAGGAGAGAAACCGUAUCACUGUCCAGACUGUGAAAUGAGUUUUACUGACAGAUGUACUCUUGUAAUACACCAGUGCAUUCACACAGGAGAGGAACAGUAUUCUUGCUCAAAGUGUGGGAGAAGCUUCACACAUUCAAAUUUAAAGACACACACAUGCAUUAAGAGGGAGGUAAAAACAUAAUACUGUGUCAAAUUAAAAUAACAAAAUACAUGAUUUUGAUUAGGGCUGCUAAAGGGGCCCAAAACUUUAAAUAUUUGAGGUUUUUGAAAUGUAUUUAUUUUCAAAUGUAACUAUCUAUAUAUUUUAAGAUGCAGCAAAAAUCUUCCUCAAAGAUCUGUGUGUAAAUGUUAUAAACUGUAUAAUUUUAUGUCCAAAGGAAUCUCAAAAAUGACUAGCAUACAUAGUCUAAUGCUUGUCUGGCACAUCACCUGACUUGAAGAGAUAUAUUUGACGUUAGCAGCUUUGCAAGAAGGCAUUCUCAAUAAACAUUUAAGCCUCCUUCCAAGCAUGCAGUGUCUGAAGCAACCCAGGAAGUAUGCUCUGUGUCAUGUGAAUCUAUGACUUGCACUUCUUCAUCUGGUGGUGUCAAGAGGAGGGGAGAAGAAGAGAAAUAUUGACAAGUUACUGGGUGCAGGUGCUAGAAACCUCUCCCCAGUAACCUCUGCAUGUCUGUUCUACACAGCACAGUUGUUAUCAGACCAGAAGAUUAAAUCCUGAAAAUCUUAAACACAGUCUUUGGCACUUUUAAAUAAUCUGUUGAUAUUUGUUUGUGUUUAGAACAAAUUUUCUUCACUGGAACUAAGGGUCCUAGGCCAACCCCUGAAAAACAACCCCAUAUUAUUAUCCCUCCUCCACCAGCUUUACAAUCUGACUCAGUGGAAGGUGAGCAGAUGUCUGUUGCUUUAUGGUAAGCAAAAAAGCAAUUACAUUAAC